UAUUAGAUAAAUUAUUCAGAGGCUGUGUGAUGGUUUUGAGGGGAAUCUCUGCUUACUGUGUCUUUAAAGAGGGGAGCCUAUACUAAAGAAAGGAGGGGGCUGCUGUGCGCCAGUUGGAGGUGUCUGCCUGUCGCAGCGGCUUGGGGUUGACAUUAAGAAGAGCGUGUCCACGCUUCUGCGGGCAGAAACGGCGCAAUUUGACGGCACUGAUCCACAGAUCGAGCUGCUGACAGACAGAUGCUCGUCAGCCCGAGGAUACAUGGAUGGGCAGAGAAAUAUUACAGUCGGAAUUAACUUGUCAGCCGGUGCGAGGGAUUAUUGGAUAUAAUGGGGAACACGACACCUAAACCUUUAAUAGAUGCGACUCUGCAACCCCGCCCGGUGGCCAGCAGGCAGUACUACACCCUGCCUAACAGUGGAGCAGGUGUGGAGAGAACGUCUGCUCCUCCGGUCAACAUCAACAUGGAGUCCCCCCAUUUUCACCCACAUGCCAAAGGCAAGAAUAUCAGACUGGAUGGACAGCUUCGCCGUGCCACGCGCAAGAACAGCUUCUGUAAUGGUAUCACAUUCAGCCACCGGCCUGUACACCUCUACGAGAAGGUGCGCCUUCGUUUAUCUGGCGUGCAUACUGGCUGGAGCGGAGCUUUACGCUUCGGUUUCACCAGUCUGGACCCCAGUGAACUGGUUGCUACCGACAUCCCCAAGUAUGCUUGCCCAGACCUGGUGACACGACCUGGCUACUGGGCCAAAGCUCUACCUGAAAGACUAGCCUUGAAGGACAACAUGUUGUCAUUCUGGGCUGAUCGCCAUGGAAGAGUUUUCUACAGCAUCAAUGAUGGAGAGCCCAUCCUCUUCCAUUGUGGGCUCAGCAUCGGCUGUCCACUCUGGGCCAUCAUAGAUAUCUAUGGCAUCACUCAGGAAGUCACACUGCUCGAGAGCACAUUUGCUGAGAGUGUGGGAUCCAGCUGCCUGACUGCGGCCCGUUUGAGUGCCUAUCUCCCCCAGAGUAGCCAUGACUCAGCCAACUACAGCAACAACCAACUGGAGAACAACCAGGCUGCUGCUACCAAGAUGGCCAACCUCCAGCUCAGUAACUACACUCAGCUCAUUCCCUCCUGCUCCUCCACCUCUUUCUCCUCCACACCUUCCUCAUCUGUCUCAACUGGAUUCAGCAUCCCGAGGGUGGUUCGGGGCCUUCCUUCCCCACUGGAUAAUGACUUGCACUUUCACCCCGUCCGUGGAUCUGAUGUCAUACUCUCUGCAGACCGCUCAGUUGCCUGCAUCCACUUUCUGGACAGCAGCCGGACUCUGGUGUUCAGUGACCGGCCACUGCAUGCGAGUGAGACUUUGUAUGUUGAGGUCGGCCACCUGGGUCUGCCCUACUUUGGGGCACUGUUGUUUGGUUUAACAUCCUGUGACCCAGCUAGUCUACAUGCUGGGGACUUGCCAGCAGACCCAGAGGUUCUCCUAGACCGUAAAGAAUAUUGGGUGGUGCACCGGGGCUUUCCCAUGCCUUGCUCCGGAGACGUGCUCAGCUUCAGUUUGCUGCCUAGCGGAGAGGUGCACCAUGGGGUGAAUGGAGUGGGACGUGGCAGGCUACUCUGUGUGGACUCCUCUCAGGUCUUGUGGGCCUUUUUCACCCUGCAUGGGGCUGUCAACAGACUCAGGAUACUAGGAACACUGCAGUCCAGUCCUCCAUCCACAUCCCCCAGCACUUCUCAUAGCAGCAGCCCUGAUGACAGUGACUCAGACCUGGCAUUCAGUGUCAACAGAUCCUCCUCUGCCUCUGAAUCCUCUCUCGUGACUGCUCCCAGCUCCCCUCUCAGCCCCCCUGUUUCUCCCACUCUCACUGCCUCAGAGCUGCCCUCUGCUGGAAAGAACGGAGAGUGCACCAUUUGCUUCGACCAGGAGGUGGACACGGUCAUCUACACCUGCGGACACAUGUGUCUGUGUAAUGACUGUGGGCUGAGGCUGAAGAGACAGAUCAAUUCGUGCUGUCCAAUAUGCAGAAGGCCCAUCAAAGAUGUUAUCAAAACAUAUCGGCCAUGAUGGCAGACAUGUUUAAAUGGGUGCUGUGACUGGUGACUGCCGCUGCUAGACGCCACCUGUUUCCCCUUCUCAGGCUUUGUCGGAUACAGAUCUGGACCCAAACUGGAGAUUUAGCCACACCAGGAUAUAACUGUGCCUAUAUUUCCAUUUUGUAUGAUUAAAUCAUUUCUGGAGAUAGACUAGUCUCCUCAGACACAGGGCUCUGACUAAGCUGCGUUCAUGAGCUCCUAUAUUUUGGCUAAGAAAUCACAUGCUCCUGUUUUGCAUUUUCAUUGUGAUGUCUCCUAUGUCACAUGUAUUUGCCAAGUAGAAAAAAAACCCUGCUGUGAAUAUUUUGUCCUUACCUUCAGUGUCCUAGAUUUAUGUGUGCUUCAGCAGAAUACGCUGACUGUAGUCUACGACUUCUAGUGCCUUAGAUUUUUGUCACAUUGUGUGUCCAAGUAAUUAUGCUAACAAUCCUAGCCAUAUUUCCAAUGUACAACGGUUUGUGGUGAGAAUGACACAUAGAUAGAGAAUUUAUAAUAAGAGCAAUAAGAGGUGUAACUGUACAUGGAAAGAUGUAAGUAUAUGUAAAUGUUUUUAGUGAUGUGCUUUAAGAAAAGUUGGUUUGGAAAGUUCAAAAUGAAGAAAAUGGUUUUGCACAUUUAGAGACGAAUAAAACUCAACAAAGUGUGAUUAAAAUGUG